AUGGUGGCAAACCUGGUGAUGGCGCACGAACUAAGCACCAAUUUCACUCAGAGGGUCUUCGGAGGCGGAAUCCGGCUGGUGACCAGCAUUUGGGCUGAGGCUAUUUGCCCAUGGUUCUUCAAUCCGCCUAUCCACACUGACAGCAAGCUAAUAAAAUGCUAUGACAACCAGCUGUGUGACCCUGAGGAGGAUGGUGAGAACUGCUGUGCUGCAAAGGGUGGCACCUUCAUGUGUUCGCAGUCGUUCCCCUACAUGUGCAAAGCCAAGAAGAAUGGCAAGGACCCCUCGGACUACUUCUGCGUCAAAGAAAAUGCUGACUGUGAACAGUAUGAUGGUCGUCGACCCUGCGAGGGCCCUCCUGGCAAACCUGGCAGUGAAGGCGAGGUUGGCGAGGAAGGAGAACCUGGCGAGGAUGGCAUUGAAGGACCUGCAGGGUUUGUCUCAGACCUGGCGGUGCCUGUGCCUACAGGGGCACACCACUUGCUCUCACAGCCGGCCACCAAUGUAGAGGUCUUGAGUGCCCUCAUUGUGAAUGGUGGCAUGGCUUUUCUCGUCUUCCGAAGCCUCAAGGCCAAGAUUCGAGAGAAGUUUGAAGGUAAGGCUUCAGCAGCUUCAGUUGCUCCAAGGAGUUGA